UCGGGUAGUGUUUUUUAUGGAAUUGUGUCGUUUGGAUUAUUUGUUUCGUUUCCAAAUUUUAAUAACAGUCACAACUCGUCGACUUAAAACUGGGGAAUUUCGUCUGGUUAGUGGUGCCAACAUAGCCAGUGAUGGACACGGGAGUUUUCCCCAGCUUUGUUUUGGGAAAUUCCGGGUUGUGUUUUUUAUUUGUGAGUUAGUUAGCGUUUUUGGGGGAUUUGUGUCAUUUGAGUUGAUUUUUCCACGUCCUGACCCGUUUGUUUAUUAAUUGCGUGAAAUGCGGAAAAUUUUGUUGGGUCAAGUGACAUGCGCACUUUCCCCGGAAAAGGGAAAUUGACACUGACAUUGGCCUAGUUGUUUUGAUUUUUUUAUGUUGUCUGCAUUUAAGUGCAGGCUGCAACCAGGGUAACUUCAGUCGGUGUUGAGGUGCAGUGUUGGUUGCAUCACUCCGGGCGCAAUGGCCACAAAGGGGUUCAAAGUCACGGAUUCUGAACGCAAAUCGCGUGUGGGCAUAGCCGCGAAAACCCUCGAUGAUUUAAAAAGAAAAACCGUGGAAAAAUUCAAGUUGGGGCUAUCCCCCGACGAGAUUUUCCUCCAGACGCAGGACGGCACACUGGUGGAAAACAACGAGUAUUUCCAGACUUUGCACGCACAAACUCUCCUAAUUUGGGUGAAGAACGGUGAAAAGGCCCCCACCGAUGCAGAAAUCCUCUACAAAACCAUCCGAGAAGUCAACGACGAGUAUUUGAGCGCUGGGGAGAAAGUCCAGGAGUUUUUCACCGAAAAAAUGAAAAAUAAAGUUUUCAAGUUGGCAGAAGUGUUACGUGGGAUCGACGGCGAUAAAGCCAAAUUCAGUCUCAAGUGCGACCAUCCUGAAUGGUUCGAAGGCCUUGACACCAAUGCAAAAACCAAAGAGGACUAUAUGUUUAGGAGAGCACAGGACCGGAUUCGGACCUAUUACUACAAAACCCGAGAGGAACUUUUGAAGGAGUGCCCCACAGUGCCCCAACACCGCUUGCGAAGUCUCAUCGACGAACUGCAAAACCGACUCAAACUGUCCAAAUUCAACGGACAUUUCUUCGAUCGAAGAGACGACAAGAGUUUGUGUGACACUCGGGGGGAGUUCACCUGUCAAGGCAGGUGGAACAAAGACAAGUGUCUCUACAGCCCCCCACAUAGUAUUAAUCCGUACGAAAGCAGGGAGGGAAGGAUCGUUUUCCAAACGUGGAAUUUGGAUCACGUGAUUGAAAGAUCGAGAGCGGUGAUACCCCAAAUCGUGAAGGCUUUGAACGAUGCCGAAUGUACGAUCGUUAACGAUCGGGAGACUUCGGUUGAUGUCAAAGCCAUCUAUAACGAUUUGUUUACUUUACACAACCUGAAAUUUGUACAUAUUGUGUGUCAUGAUAAAGGUAGACAUAGCACGAAAAAGGCAGGACCGUAUCUGCUUUAUUGAUUGGUGAAACAGAGACGGACCGGCCACUAGUUUUAAGAAAUUAAUUUUAUUGUUUCGGCUCGAUUGAGCUGGAAAAUUAGUAGUAGGCGACCCAAGGGCAGAAAUUCAGUAAUUACUUGUAGUCUUUAAGGCUUUCCAUGUAUAACUUCCAACUGCCAAACUUUAUUUUAUCAUUUUACAAAAGACUGAUUUUGAGGAAAAAUGAGCUUAACCCUAUAUCGGGUCUGUUACAGCAGAACCUUUAUUUUUUUAAAUCAAUGUAACAAAAAACGUGUAGGUAGAGCUUUAUGUUCGUUAUCAACAAAUGCUUAUCAAGUUAUAAUGUGAUUAUGCUAUACAAUAAUAAGUCAUAAUAAUAUACACUUAUUGUGAAAGUAGUGGCUUGUAGCUUGUAGACUGCAAUAACUUAGUUGGGGAUUGCUGGUAUUGUAAAAAAGGCUGUGUCGGGAUUGUUAUCCCCUUAUUAGUACUUAAUCAUAGAUUAGCCAAUCAUAUCAUGACUGAAAAAUUGUUGACUGCCAUAAAAGUCAUACCUUGUAGACAACUAUAUUCAAUAAAUAAAUGUUUUAUCUCAAAAAAAAACACACGUUUAUUGCUAUUUUAAUCCGAGUACACACAAGUCCUACUUUACAAACUAAGCAAUUGAUUCACACAUGAAUGAUAUAAAUUAAAAGAAAUGGAAAUAAAUGAAAUGGACUCUUCUACCUAAAUAAAUCUUUGGUUGUUACGUCGAUAAAUUCGAGACCUGUAAAUAAAACGACAAUAAACACUACCUGUUGUUUGCAUCGAUCGGUUUCAAAAUCGGGUCAAGGAUUUGCUCUACUUUUCACAGGUAGCUUUUUGGGUCGAAUCCCAGGCGGUCGACCUCAUUUCCGUCUGACCUAAAUCAAACGGAACUGACCUUAGCACAGCACUGACCCGAUUUUGUGGGGCAAAGGGUCAACAAGGGGCCGCCAAGGGAGAA